ACCUUCCUUUUGGCUGGGGAAUGAGACCUUGAAAGUGCCUGUAGCACUCUUUGCCUUGAAUAGAAGACGACUGUGUGACCGCCUGAGACAGAAUAAGGAUGUCCAGAAGAAUUCAGUUGUUCUGCUGCAGGGUGGAGAAGGAACCCAGAGAUACUGUACUGAUACUGGUAUUGUGUUUCGUCAGGAAUCUUACUUUCACUGGACUUUUGGAGUAACUGAAGAAGGCUGCUUUGGAGCAGUAGAUGUUGAUACUGGAAGAUCCAUGCUUUUUGUUCCACAACUCCCUGAAAGCUAUGCAGUUUGGAUGGGAAAGAUUCAUCCCCCUGAAUUCUACAAAAAAAAAUAUGCUGUGGAUGAAGUCCACUAUGUGAACGAGAUAUCCAGCGUCUUGGCUUCGAAGAAACCGGCUGUGCUCCUUACUUUGCGUGGUGUUAAUACUGAUAGUGGAAAUGUGUCCAAAGAAGCUUCGUUUGAGGGAAUCAGCCAGUUUAAUGUGAACAACAAAAUUCUUCAUCCUGAAAUCACAGAAUG